CAGCUGACAAGGCGGAGUAAAGAAGAAGAAGAAGAAGAAGAAGAAGAAGAAGUGAGCGGAGGAGAGCGGCCGGGGAAGAGUGCGCGUGAGAGGAGGGAGUGUGAGCAGAGCGGAGAGACGGCGAGACGCACCUUCACCGGGGUGAUCACUGCAUGCGCACCGUGCACGCCGAGGAGGGGAGACCGCUUUCCGGCGCAGCCUGUUCCCGCAGGUUCAAAAGUGGAGUGUGGAUCGAGCCCGCCGACUGAAGCGCGGAGGAUUCACUGGCGGACUGUUAGGGCGCACAGUGGAUGAUAACAAUAUUAACAAUAACAAUAAGAACUGUGCCAGAGCGGCAGGGAGCGGACACUGGGAAAAGAAGCUGGCGCAAAGGAGAAAGUUACCAACUGUGGAGAUGUAUUGUUAACUGAGAGUUCCCAAGCUGUGCGGACCUUUCAGAGUCAUUUCUCUACACUGGAUGUUAUUAGAUGCGAAUCUCAGCGCGCUUGUCCGUCCGGUGAUCAUCCUGGUGCCGCGGUGGACCGUAACCAGCUCGGUCUCGUAGACGGAGCGAGAGUCUUUCCACGCAACGCAAUCAGCGGCCAGAGCUCCUAAAAUGUCUUCGCUAUACCUCAUCUUUUGCCUUAUGGUCACAGCAGCCACCCAAGCGGCCUACUUCUCCCAGCAACCCCAGGACCAGGUGGUGGUGUCCGGCCAGUCAGUCACUCUACCGUGUGUCAUCGUGGGUUACCGAGGAAUGGUACAAUGGACCAAAGACGGACUCGCGCUGGGCGGAGAAAGAGACCUACCAGGCUGGACGCGCUAUUCUUUAAUGGGAGACCCACUAUCAGGCGAGCACAGCUUGCUGAUCGAUUCAGCCGACUUGGCGGAUGACGCGGUUUACGAGUGUCAGGCUACACAGGCGGCACUGCGCUCCCACCGUGCCAAGCUCACUGUACUAGUUCCUCCCUCUGACCCUGUGGUGGAAGGCGGCCCCGUUGUACGUCUUAAGGCCCACACACCGCACAACCUCACCUGCAGAGCCUCGGGAGCCAAACCUGCUGCUGAGAUCACCUGGUACAGAGAUGGAGAGGUUAUGGAGACUGCAAUUUAUUCCAAGUCGCUGAUGGAGGACGGAAAGAGGGAGGCAGCUGUCAGUAUGCUUCCAAUCGUCCCAGAAGACAGCGACUCUGGACGCACCUACACCUGUAGGGUUCUUAACCCGGCUGCCCCUGCUGGACGACAGACAUCAGUCACUAUCAAUGUCCAGCACCCUCCGUCAGUGACGCUGUCAGUCCAACCUCAGACUGUGACCGAGGGAGCCAAGGUUCUGUUCAUCUGCGCCGCUUCAGCUAAUCCUGAAAUCACCGGAUACAGGUGGUCAAAAGGAGGCGUGCCCAUCUCUGAAGCAAACGGGGACAGCCUGGAGGUGACGGUGGACUUCUCGUACUUCACAGACCCCGUGUCCUGUGAGGUGUCCAACUCUGUAGGCAGCACCAACGUCAGCACCCUGGUUGAUGUGCAAUUUGGCCCCAGACUGCUGUCGGAGCCCAAGCCGAUGACAGUGGAUAUCGGGAUGGAUGCAGCCUUUACUUGUGCGUGGACUGGAAACCCCCCUCUGACCCUGGCCUGGACCAAGCACGGCUCCAGCGUGGUGCUCAGUAAUGGUAACACCUUGCAGCUGAAGGCUGUUACCCAGGAGGAUGCUGGAACAUACACCUGCAAGGCCAUUGUGCCUCGCAUCGGAGUCGCAGAGAGAGAUGUUACUCUGACUGUAAAUGGCCCACCGAUCAUCACAGCAGAAGCCACGCAGCAUGCCGUCAAGCACUCCAAGGGCAAGCUGGAGUGUCGGGUGGGAAGCAGCCCCCCGCCCGAAAAGAUUGUGUGGACCUUUGGGGACAUGAGCCUGUCCUCCGGCUCGUCUGGCCGUUACUCAGUGCAGACGGUCACCAGCGACCACGGAGUCCUGUCCUCUCUGGUGCUUUCUGAGACUCUGGCGCAAGACUUCCAGCUGCGCUACAACUGCACGGCGUGGAACCGCUUCGGCACCGGCACCGCCCUGGUGACUCUGAAAGAGCAAGAAGCCCUGCCUAUGUUGAUAAUCGUCGGCGGAGCGGUGGGUGGAGGCUGUGUCCUGCUCAUCUGCGUUAUUACUCUUGUCUCCCUCUGCUGCAGGCACACAGGCAAAGGUGAGCUCAACGGUAAAAGGUGCACUCGUCUGUCUAAGAGCGACAUCAGAGUGCAGAUUGUUCACAGUGAUCACAACGCCACACGUGGCAACGAUGACGAGGAGGAUGUCAAAGAACCCAUGCAAUUCUUCAAAAACUGCUUGGUUUUCCCUCAGGCUCCAAACAGCAGUGAGUCUCCAGGGACUUCACGCACAGAACACAGCGACCUCCUGGAGGAGGAGGAGGACGAAAGAUCGGACAUCAAGGACCCUACAAAUGGCUACUACAAUGUCCGUGGCCACGAUGAUCGCCAUAUCCGCAGCAGCGGAUUCUCCGAGUACGUUCCCAAUUCUCGGCCGGUUUACACUCCAUCGCAGCUGCCCUCCCCCAGCCCUGUAUACGGUCAGCACGGCACCCAGCCUCGCAUCUACGACUUCUCCAACAGAUAUGCAACCACCACAGCGGGCAGGACGUCCUACGAGCAGCAGCAAGCUGCCCAGCAGCAGGCUGCACAGCCAGCCAGCAUUUACCCCACUGACCCCCUCUACAGUGGCUCCGCCUACCUACCUGCUACCUACGGCCGUGCCUUCACCAGCUACGUCAAGCCCGCUUCCUACGAGAAGGUGGAUGCGUACGACCAAUCAGACCAGGCCAGCAAGGUGUCGAGCUCGUCUCGCUUCUCUUACGCCUCCUCACAAGUGUCUUCUCAGCAGUCUGACUAUGGCCGGCCGUCACAACGAAUGCAGACUCACGUCUGAUCCGGAGGAAAGGAAAGAACACAGGAGCAGCCAGUAGAGGACCAUCAUCACCUGCGCAGACGCGCACGGUGUGGACUAACAUGAACAGAGAUUAUCUUUACUGAGAACGUCCUGCAUGGAUUUGUUUGGACGGCCUUCGGAGGCAGUCGCCAGUUAGGUUAUGUAAAUAACCAACUAACCUGUGAUGGAUGAUGGGAUUUACAAUGACGUGGACUGAGGAGCGCCAGAGCUGGAAAAACUCAGCAGAGACAGUGAUGUUCAAGUCAAACCUUUGGUGAACAUUACAGUGUGAUACCUCACUAAGUUAUCUCUACACGGUCUCCACUCAAGCCUGUGGAGAUCUCCUGUGAGUGCAAGGGCCUAUAAGAAAAAAAAGACAACUGGGAGACCUGUUUACCUGCAUUCCAGAGUUUACUUUGUCAACACUAAAUGUCAAACAUGACCUCUAAAAUAAUUAGCUACGGCAUAUUUGAGGAA